AUGGAAUACCUGGCGUCUAAAAAGGUAAUGUAGUAAAAAGUGUUGCCCCGUUCAAGGAUUCCCACAAUUCUGAAGGAAAUUCAGUUCUAAAAAGAGCUGUAGUGGCUCUUGGUUGUAAUAGACCUUUUUGGCUUAUGUUUUAUUUUCCCAUUUCACACCACGUGAUGUUCUCAAGGCAAUUGGCGUUUUGUCUUUUCAUAAAAUAUACUUACAUAUGCUCGUGGAUGCACGAGCAAAGGACACCUUUAAAAAGGAACGGUUCUCUGGGGUACCAUCAAGUGGUCUGAAAAGGGAAGACAAAACAUACAAGCUAAAAAGGUUUAUUCUCCAGCACUUGUUUAUUUUCUCCGUUUGGCUUCAAAGAGUUUUGUCAUGAGUUAAAUCGUUCAUUCGACUCUAAAUCUGCGCCUAUUUGUUUGUUUUUCGAGUUUAACAGAGUAUGACUAUUUGAACCGGGGCGCUUGAAAGAUUAUUAUCCAAUCAAAUUGUUUGAACUUGCCGUUUUUUUUUUUUGAAAACAAGAGACUCUCUGUUAAUGUAAACAGACCAAAAAAAAUUCAAUAUGCAACUAUGAAACUGUUGAUAACUUAAAAACCGUUUGAACUUACCUGACCUUUCAGGAAUUGGCCCUCAAAUUUAAUGAGAAUCUUCCGUUUUCAAAAACCCCCAUGAUUAUUAUGAUUUGUGUUUGGAUAAUCUAUUUCCAAAAGCCCAGCUUCGAGUAUUCGCACUGUAGGAGUUUAUUAUGAGUAAUAAAUGGUAAAAAGUAAAGUAACUCAGAGAGAAAAGACCUCAGUAGCCAAAAGCUCGCGCAAAGGAUUACAAAAAGCAACAUGUAGCAGAGAAGGUUAUGGGAACUCAGAAGCGUGCGCAACAGCUGUGACAUUAAAUCAGCCAUGAACCGGGAGCGAAAGAAGCGAAGACGAAAGGGUCUGUAGCGUUGGUUUCUCACUGACAAUUCAGCGUUCGAGAGUAAGUGAAGAGCAUUGUUUAACAAUGUUUAGUCUUUAUUUACCUUUACUUUCUGUAGCGUGUGCACUUCUCUGUUGGUAUAAAAAUUGUUUUUCCUGUUUUUACUGUGAUUAUUAUCAUUAUUAUUAUUAUUAUUACUUUUUGAAAUAGCAAAAUUCUUUAUUAACAUAUGACCAAUUUACAUUCCACAAUCAUAGACUAAAAUUUUGAUGAAAUAAAAAUAUUAAAACUAAGAUCAUAAAACACUAAUUUACAAGCUUACCCCAUUAUCGACUUUCUAAAAUUAGCGGACUUAUUAUUAUUAUUAUUAUCUCCUUCUUGUUUCUGAUUUCUUGAUUUUGCAUUUCUUCUUUCAAAACAUUUCUGUUUUAUAUAGUGUGUUCACCGAGACUUGGCAGCCAGAAACGUUCUUGUUGGAGAAGACUACGUCAUGAAGAUCGCUGACUUUGAUCUCGCUCGAAAUAUUUACAAGAGUGACUUAUAUGUGAAGACGAACAGUGGUGUUUUGCCAAUGAAGUGGAUGGCGAUAGAAUCAUUGUUUUUGAGGGAGUACUCAGAGAAAAGUGACGUGUAAGUACAAAUGACAUUUAAAAAAAUGAAUGAAGGGAGAAUAUGAAAAUAUGCGGGGAUCGUACUCAAGGAUGACAACUAUAUAAUUAGUGCGUAACUAGGCGUUAAAAUUAAAAAGAAGCUGGCCUUUUGAUUACUGCAAUUAAGUUAAACUUGCCAUAACAUAGUUUAGUAGACGCUCUCCGAUUGGUUGAGAAGUAUGUUUGCAUGCGAGUAACACAGUUAAACGCAACCACGCAACCAUGGUUUGAAAAACUCGACAAGUUUACUUUAUUAACCCAUAACUUAGAGGCUUGGAACUUGAAGAAUCUUUAAAAACAUGCUAUAUCAAAGUUUUUACGCUCAAGACGACAUUUUAAGGGAGAUCAAUCCGUCCUUUAAAAUAUCACCUUUUUUAACAAAUAAAGAAGCCUCGACUGUGCUCUGUUCUGUACGUUGUAAAUCACGCACGACUGGCAGCGGCUAGAACACGAAAGAAGUGUAGGGGGGAACACGAGAUGUAGUCGAGUGUUCCUCUCUACUUCUUGAGUAGAACAGAAUAGAGCUCAGUCAAGACUUCUUUAUUUGUUUUAUGAAUACCGUAAGUCCUCUAUUAAGCUCCCCGGGUUUUUUUUUCAACCACUUUGAGGAGGGGCUUAAUAGAGAGGGGGGCUUAAAAGAGAGGGGCGGGGGCUUCUUUAAUUUAGCGAAACGCAUCACCUGUAGCAAAAAUACCGUGGUAUGAGACAGAGUAGACUUAAGCGUUGUACAAUUACAGUCACUGUCAAAAGUAUUUAAUUCAGUUGUGGGAGCCUAAAAGUAACAAAAACAAAAUUCUUAUUCUUCAAACAUGUGCUUUCGGCCUCAUGUUCUUCGGUAAUUUUUAUGGGAAUGGUUACUUGUAUUGAUUUGUCGUACACAACUUACAAACGAAAAUCUCUGGAAAACUCCUCUUAUAUUUACAUUUUUUAUCUCUCACAUUUAAAUGUUUUAUAUAAACAGCCUUGAAAUUUAUGAUACUAUAAUACUAUACGAAAAUGGUGACAAUUCUCCACAGAGAACUAGAGCGCAAAGUUGAGAAAGUUAAGCAUAUGAAGUUGGAGGUCAUGCGGCCGAAGACCAAAAACAAUAUGAACUUCCAGCCUGAAUAAACCAUAACUGAUCAGUCAGCCACGUUAAUCGUUAAUUGUUUUGUGAAGAAUAAGGAUUAUAGAGAGGGGGGGCUUAUUGACUUUUCUCCUCUGAAAAGGGGGGCUUAUUUGAGAGGGGGGCUUAAGAGAGGAUUUACGGUAUAAAGAAUCCGUUAAAUUCCCCACACAUUCCUUUUUAAUUUUCAAAACAAUCUUUAGUAUUUUUUUUUAUACCAAAAGAGUGUCGUCAGCAUGUUUUAUACUCUCAUAAAGCACGCUUUUGCAACAAAUCUGACGCACGUUAUAUCUGAACUUUAUUAUAAACGCAAAGCAAAAACGUACUGAUUACACGUACAAAACUUUGUGUAGAUACAACACUUCGCGACUAGUAGGAACUGCUUUUUUCAUCAGCGCCAUAAACAAAGAGCUAGGUAGCAACUUUUUCUCGGGAAAGUUGCCGUUAUAAAAGAACCUUAGCAGAAAACUGUUUUUCUGUGGUUUGCAAUUUGUAUGAAUUCCCUUACAUUCUCCCAACACCCGAAUCUCGUGUUUAUAUCAGGGCAUGUAAACAUGUAAUCUUGAAAAUCCUAAAAACCUCUGGCGCAUUAUUCGUUCUCUUGCGCCUUCUAAAUGUUCCAAAUUACCAAAUCAUUUAACCAUUGACGUGAUGAACUAUCAUGAUUAUUAUGAUAUUGCCAACUUUUUUAAAGAGCAUUUCGCCAAUAUUUCUUCCUCUGUUCAGUUAAAUCAUGCUUCUGACCCACCUAACUGGGAGCGUAUGGCCUAUUACGUUGAUUCCAAGCUGCCAUCUGGAGUGUCCUAUUGUAUUCCCUAUUUGUUAGAACUAGCCUUCAGCAGUUAUCUACUAACAAGGCUACUGGGCUCGACAACCUUAGUAGCUAUUUUCUAAAAAUAGCAGCCUCUUCUAUCUCUCCAUCUUUGACUACUAUUUUUAAUCUCAGCAUUUCUUCUGGUGUUUUCCCCGAUCUUUGGAAAACUGCCAAAGUCUCUCCACUGCAUAAAGACGGUUCGUUGUUUGACCGAUCCAAUUAUCGCCCAAUAUCAGUUCUGGCUGUUGUCUCAAAAAUUCUUGAGCGUCACGUGCACCAAACUUUUUACUACUUUCUUUCCCAACACGACCUGCUGCUGGAUUCGCAAUUUGGUUUCCGUAGUUCUCGUUCUUGUGAGCUUGCUAUCGCCGAUCUUUCUGAUAACAUUUUGACCAACAUCGAUGACAAACUCCUUAAUGGGCUUUUGUUAGUUGACUUGAAGAAAGCCUUUUGACCUUGUGGAUCAUGAUACGUUACUUAAUAAACUUCGUAUUUAUGGUUGUUCCCACCCUACCAUGGUUUGGUCUCGCUCUUAUCUAUCCGGGCGUUCCCAAAAAACCCAGUUUAGGGGCACUCUAUCUGAAGCACUUCCAGUCUCUGUAGGUGUGCCGCAGGGUAGUAUCCUGGGGUCACUUUUCUUUAUUAUUCAUAUCAACGACUUGCCGUUAGAGCUACAUUUAGAAGUAACUUCAACUAUGUUUGCGGAUGAUACUACUAUUCUUGUUCGAGGCCCUCUGUUACUUCCCUCAGCACUCAGUUGAAUGAAGUUGCUAGAACUGUAUCUACGUGGGCUGAGAACAAUCGAAUGUCACUUAACACAAACAAAACUAAAUCUUUACUUAUUACGACCCUGCAGAAACUCCGUACUCUAACCAGCUCGGCACUCAAUGUCCAAAUCGAUGGUAGAUCUAUUGAGCAAGUGGACUAUGCCAAGAUGCUGGGCGUUAUGAUAGACAGUGACAUAUCUUGGGAGCAUCAUAUCGAUACAAUCUGCUGCAUCAUUAGCAGUAGGCUUUCUCUUCUCCGUCGCAUCAAACCUUAUCUUAACUUUGAUUCUGCUUUAAGAUUCUAUAAUUCUUGUGUUAACUACUACUAUAUUUAUUGUUCUGCUGCCUGGGGUAACUGUUCCAACCAUCUCCUCUUACGACUUCUUCGUCUUCAGAAGCGUGCUGGGCGUAUACUCCUUGAUGCCGACCUCUCUCAGGCUUCUAUUUUUUUAUUUUUAAAACUUAACUGGAUUCCCGUUUCUGAUCUUAUUAAAUACAGGAAACGUUUUCUUCUUUUCAUCGUACUCCUUAAUCCGAAUGCUCCUAAAUGUCUCUGGGCAGUUUUACAAGAGCCUCUCUCUACGACUUAAAGGUGCCAUGCCCAAAUAGCAACUCUGGGAGACGCACCUUGGCCUAUACUUCCACUAAACUCUUUAAUGACCUCAGUUCCGACUUAAAAGAGUUUCUAUUUCUUCUUCUCCACUGAUAUUUAAAUUUCUUCCCUCCUCUCUUAAGUCUAAAUUACGAAGUCUGUUUUUCUUACGCCUAUCAUCGGCCGAGCACUUGGAGGAUCUACUGUGCUCGACUUGCCGCUAUUCUAUUCAUUGUCACUGCUUUUCACAGUCCUACUACAACCACUAUUACGUCUUUUAAUUGAUAUUUAUGUAUAUAUGUAUACAUGUUCAUUUAUAGUACAUAUUUUGCCCCCCUUCGUCGAUGUAUAUAUUAUUCAUUACGUGUUUAUAGCCUUUUCUACUUUAACUAUUGUCUCUUUUGUGUAUAUAUAUAUAUAUUUAUAAAUUUAUUUGUUUUUAGUCUUCUAAAUUUAUUUAUCUAUUUAUCUAUUUUUUUGAGGGCCGUAGGUUAAAAGACUGUAAUAGGUUAUUGCGCUUCCCUCUUUAAAUAAAGUUAUUGUAUUGUAUUGUAUUGUAGCAGAUAACGUUUUCCGUUUUUUAUAAUAGUACUCGAAAGAAAAACAAUACUACUGAUAACGAUUCUUGAAUGUAGCGCUUCAUAUGCAAGCCAUGUAAGUUUUGAUUCCAAUAAUUCCUUUGUAGUGGAGUUAAUAGCAGCUUACCAUAGUUUAGCUUAAACAGCUUACAGAGCUUUAUUGUCACCCUUUUGGUUUGGAAUGACCCAGGCUGUGAUGACCCUUCGAGUGUGUAUGUUUUGAACCUUGACAUUAAUAAUGCAGAUGGUCGUUUGGUAUUUGCUUGUGGGAGAUCUUUACACUGGGCGGCACACCGUAUCCCACUAUACCCGUAGAAGAGCUCCUAGGCUUUCUCAAUGAUGGAAACCGUAUGGAAAAUCCCCGAGACUGCCCUUCGGAGAUCUACAAAAUUAUGCAAGAUUGCUGGCAGGAAGGACCCGACAAGCGACCUAAAUUUGAUCAAAUCAGCCAGUCGAUUGGUACAAUACUUGAACAACGCGCUUCCCAGGUGAGGCCUAUUUUCUACAGUUUUUAAGGCAAAGGAGGAACUUAGAGAACUUAUCCUCUCUCUUGUCAGAACUUAUUGUACACUAGGUCCUUCAAAGGAAAAAAUGAAGUUUAUCAAAAGGGGAUACUCUCUUGAGUGUAUACAUCCUUUGUUCUGAUGGGGCGAGCGGAAAUUAAGCUUUGCGGGAAGAAUAUGAAGAGAUGACUUAUGAGCGAAUGUCUGCAAAUAUCGAGCAACCGGCGGCCACGGUCAAAAAUUAAAUUUCGCUCAUUUCGUGUCCAUACAUACUUAUUAGUAAGUAACUAAACGUGGUGUAGGUUGUUUUUCAAAAGGCCGCUUGGAUUUUGAGAAAAUCGUCAAAAUCAAUUUUCGUGUUCGGCGACUUGAAAACAACCAAAAUUUAAGGCAAAAUGAGGGGGUCUCAAAACUUCGCUCGCACGCAAAAAGGAAGAAAGCGUGCUAAAAUAUUCCCCGAUAAAUCAAUUUGUAACGGGUUUUAGCCCUAGUAUGGCGGUUAAUUCUUAACUUAACGAUAAUGUGGAAAGGUAAACAAUUUUAUUUCAGUUUUGGUUCUUUUUCAACUCAACGAAUUUUAAAUUUAGACCUAAAGUCGCGAUUUAAUUUUCAGGCAUGUGCUACACCUUGGUUUUUCCUGAAACUCAAGCUAUAAGUUAGUUAAACAUUGUACUAAAACAUAUGUAAGAACUGGCUUGGGUAAUUUAAUUUGGGCUUCCGACGAACCUUCUGAACUUGAACAAAUUUUGAGUGAAAUAGAUAUGAGACAUUUGCAUAAUUCACCAACGCCUUGCUGUUGCCGAGAGGGAUCCAUUGGCAUUUCCUGAGAAGAAACCUGAUGUACUUCUAUAGUACGAUAAUUAAUUUGCCAACAUACCAUAGAAAUUAACUUACCUUUAUAGUUUGAGCCCUUUUUUGACUUUUUAUACUCUCGAGCUCCAAAAUUCUGCUGGCGCUAACGCAUUUUGUAAUUUGACCUCUAACGAGAGGUCAUUGGAGAUGGCCAGGUUAUUAAAAUGUCACUCAAACCGAAUGAGCGUUAUGAUCUAAAUUCUUAAGGUGGUUGAACAAGAUAUAUCACGAGAAAAAUAUGUUUUUAAGACAUUUUCGGCGGUUUGAAAGAUGUUCUUACCAAUUCAUAGAAUCAGUUCCGACAUACAGCGAGGAAGUGUGAGAAGACAAGGAGUGGUGUUGCCGGACAACGAACUCCAUCCUUUGAACUUAAGAAUGAGUAGUCUAGAACAAAAUUGUUUAUACAUUUCUUUGAUGUUUUCAAUGUUAUUUGUUCAAUUAUGCAACACCUUAAAGGCUGCAUAGUCUUGCUGCCACCAGUACUUGAUUUAAAAGUGUAACGUGGUGGUCAGUUUUUCGGACACCUGCGCGUGUGAUAAAAGCAUUGACUAUUAAGGAAUUUGGAAAGUAUCAAAAUCAUACACCCUGCCAGUACACACGAACACUGAGUAGGUUUUAAACUUUGGACAACCUCGAUAAAUGAUCUCGGACGCGUUUUUUGUUUUGAGUGAAGAAUCACAAUAAAAAAUAUCAUGUUCUUUCAUAUGCAUAUUUUGGGGAAGGGUGGCUCUGAAUCUUACUUGGGUACUACCUAGUAAGACUCCAAUGGAAAGGUCGUUGAGGGGAUAGAAGAAUCCGUCGAAAGGGUUACGCUGUAACUCUUGGUCAAGGAUAUUAGGUAAGCAAUUCGCUCUAUAAACCCUGUCUCCCCCUUUUCAACCAGCAUUAAAAAACUUACAUUAGCACACGCAACUACGAAAAUAUCGCAAAGUAAUUGGGGAAAUGCUAUCUAGGCAGAGCGGCCUUGUGGAGUGGUAGAUGGCGUAGUGCUAUUUUCAAGUCUACAAACCUCUCCUUGAGUGUGAAGACUUAACGCAUGAGUUUCAGUUUCUAGUAUCAAAUAUAUACAAAGAAAGAAACCUGGGGUCUAGAACGCUGACCUGUUCCUCUCUCCUUCCUUUACCAAAGGAUACGUCAAAGUAUAUCGGACAAUUUCCUCCUUACAGCAUGCUCGGCUACUCAAACAAGCAAGUUAGAAAGCUGGCCCGGGUUGCUCGAAGCAUGUUUAGUGCCAACCAGCGUUAAAUACCAUGGAAACCUAUACAUUUGGAUACCUCUUAACCAACGGUUAGCGCUAACCAGGCUUCGAGCAACCGGCCCCUGGAAUCAAACGUGUUUACCAGUGGGUUAGGCCCUGACGUCUUCAAAUUCACGUUAAAAGACACUGUUUAGGCAAAAGCAUUAAGUUUACUUUUCCAGUAAAUUCCGUCUUGCGGCCUUAGACAACGGACCUGGGGCCCGUUUGUCCAAAGUCCCUAUAACUUUUCGGGCCCGAAAUCAAAUAUUCAAAUCCAAAUAAAAGGAUUAAGAGGAGCGCGGGUUCUGGCCAGCAAAAUACCUCAUUUUUUCAUUAACGGAUAGUUUUAUCAUGUAAGAUGCAAAACUAUUGAAAUUUCUAUCUUGCAUGUAAGCAACAACAGCUUUAGGGGCCCUUUAGUUAUUAGGACUUUCGAGAAUUGAACGGGCCCAGAAGCAGAUGCAGCCUCAAUAUCCGCUUCAUUGAUGACUGCCAGAGAAAGUUAUGGUUGGAGACUUUCUUUUCAAGAGUUCUGACCAUGAAUUUCUGACGAGCCACCAAGUCUUAGUCUCAAGGCCGGUACCAAAGCGCACACUCAGAAAAUGGCAAAAUGACCGAGAGUAAAACUGAAAAAAAAAACAAACUAUGUGGGUAAAGAAAGUAGUGAAAGAGUUAGGCGAUAGUUGACAGGGGCACCCAACGACAGUUUCCUCCUAAAUACAUUGGAAACCCUUUUAGGUUAUCUAAGUUACUAAGUUCUUUGCGGCGCCAUAUAAUUGUUACGAGGACUUCAAUACUAGUUUUUUCGAGAAUGUUGAAAUUUUUUUCUGAUACCUUCUCUAUUACAAUUUCGUAUCCGAAAAUUUUAAUUCCCUUUAUAUGGAGAAAACCUGUCUCGUGUAGGAGAGUCACCCUCCCAGCCGAGAGAAAAAAAGGGACAUUGACCCCAACCGGCCUUUGCACAUGUUCUAAUUGUCCGCGCCUUGGCUAUGCGAGCCCUUUACCGAUACGGAUCGGAUUUGCUAGUCGGACCGAAAUGUCCCCUUCCAUUUUACAAAAUUAUUUUCCCCAGGACCACUGAUCUGUAUCCUGCUUACAUGCACGAUAACCAAACUCGCGGUGGCUUUGGUUUGGUCUGUGCAACUGGAAUGUACCUUCCACUGGGCAAGUGGUUUUUUCGAAAUUCCAAACAUGAAUUUUUGUUGAAUGGAAAGCGCGUAAAGUGCCUACGGAGAAACUUUGGCCCGGCUAGGAGGCUAACCCUACCAUUACAAAAGGGUGACUGGACAAGGUGGGUCACCCUUCUAGCCGAGCCAACUUUUUGUAUUUUCGGUUCGCCAUGUUUUGUAAAGAACUGCGUGAAACGUUGCCUCUUCCAGGAAAGCUCGGGUAGGCGGGUGACCCUUCUGCUCGAGACAAAUUUUCUUCAUAUAAGCGGGGCCUAAAUUUAGUUCUUUACAUUAAUUUCCAUAGUCCAGCUGACGCACUUUUUUUUGUUUUUGUUUUUUGUUCUACAAUUUGGAAAACUGAAAUUAAAAAAAUACAGAUCGGCCAUGGAAUGAUAUAACACGAUCUGUAUGCUGUUUUUUUUUAGACUGGCGCAAUGCAGAUGCUAAAGCUAUGCAGAUUAUAAAAAUUACGAUGCUAUAAGAUCAGAGAAUUUCGACUGCCAAUUGAAAGAAGGAUUAUGAGGGAUGCGCAUCUUUUGCUGGUCAGGAGCCCAUAACCCGGAGUGAGCAACUUCCACGCGCUUGUGUCACGACGUUUUCACUGACCAGUUUCUUUUUAGAACAGUUUUGGCGCGAAUUUUGAAUAUCUUUUAAAUUUCACAAACUAGUCAGCAAAACCUACAGACCUAACAAUGGUAUUUUCUGCCUUUUAAUAACGUUUAGGUUUCCGUUUUGAAAUCUUCUACUUCGAAUGCGCUCAUAGAUGUGGUGGAGAUUUUAUUUUCUCGGGAAGAAUUGCCCCCUAAAAUGUGUCUAAAAAUAAAGUGAUCCGGAAAAACGCCGUGACAUAGGCCGAGUAUGGAAGUUGCUCACUCCGGGUUAUGGGCUCCUGGCUGGUAUGUUUAUUCUAAACUUCGAUAUUGGGCUUAUUUUUCACAACAGAGUGUCGCGACCGAGUACCUUCACUUAACAGAAGACAACAACCGUGGCAUAAAAGAUUGCUACCUUGAUCCACAUGAUUCAGACCCCACCGUUCCUGUGACGAGAGCAGAUGUUUAUGAAAGGUUAGUACUCUCGAUUAAGGAUUUGGCUUUUAUUCUUGAAAAGUUCAGCAACAAGCGAGUUGGGUUGUCCAUACCAGGCAUUCCGUACCCAUAAAGGAGCCAACAAGUCCCAGGCUAAAGAACUUACCAAUAUUAGUUCGACAAUAAAUACGUUAUGAUAUGUUAAUUCAAUAACUGAUAGGUAGGACCAGUUCUGCUUAUAUACUAGCUUGGCCACUGAGAGAGCGCUUAUUCUUGGAAGAAAUAGGUUCUUCAAAGGAGUACUGAGGAGACAGUAUAUCGUUAAUGAGACACGUGCAUGGUCAUGGCAAAGAACGGAAGGGACUCAGUUACAUCGUUACGUAAGAAAUAAUAUUGCUUAAUUCGUGGAUACAGAUAAUGGUCUUGUGCACAGUAAAUUUAAAAUUGAGCCGAACGAGUGGGGAAUAAGAAACUGUUCCCUUAUGUCAAUGCCGGCGUUUAAUCAAAGGUAAACAAGCGUUCAGAGAAUGAGAGAAGAGAGGAGGUUCCCUUAUAAAAUCACUUAAUAAAUUUAAGACGGUGUGCUGGAGGUGAUUGUUAUUCAAGGAGACUCUUAUUUUUCAGUUUGGCAGGCGAAUAUUUAGGGGAAGACGCUUAAUCAACGUGAACGCCUUUUAUUUUUGACAUUUAAGGCGUAAUAGCGUAUAAAUCUCAGAGUGAGAAAAUCUAACUCCGUUCGCUGCGUACAAAUCAUGUUUCGAGUCCAUUGCGGUUGGCAUCAAGAUUUGAAAUAAUGAUAACAAAAAUAAUAGAGCAUUGCGAUCUUGCCUCACAGAAUUAUCGGCUUGUCGUAAAAUGUUUUAGUGUGAUUCACGUUGCCUUCUAUAAUCGUGCGCAUGAUCUAAAAUGUAUGGUGAAUUUUAUAGGAAUCUACUAUGGUUGACAGCGUUGUUUUCUUCUUAUAGGCGAUCAGGUGAAAAUAUUGCAAACAAUCCCUUGCCUCCAUUACCAGAUGGCAUGGAAGAUCAAUUCGAUCCUGAAUAA